GCGCAGGACUCGACGUGCCCUGCCGCGCCAUCUUUAGAAAACAGUGAGCUAAACACUGAAUGAAACUUAAACUUUGUCGUUAGGACGGUUCACUGUAUGGACCUUGGUUUUCAAGGUGAUGCUUUUUUUUUUUACGUAGCUGACGCGUUAGUAUCAGUGUACUGAAUAUCUCGAACCUGGUACGUUUCACACAGUAAUAAAAACGCCAUGCGUGGCUGUGCCGCUAACAGAUGCUAAUGCCGACGACAGGCCUACCGAUGCUGAAGCGUGUCGAUGUUAAAAUGUUAACAUGGUAAAAUUAUGCUUAACAAGUAUUUUAAGUGAUCAUGGGGAUCAAGAUUCGCCCUCGCUGCUUCUUUGACAUUGGAAUCAGUAAUGUUCUUGUUGGCAGAGUUGUAGUGGAGUUGUUUUCAGACAUCUGCCCUAAAACCUGUGAAAACUUCAGAUGCCUCUGCACAGGCGAGAAAGGCCUUGGUAAAGGAACUCAGAAACCCCUGCACUAUAAAGGAUGCCUUUUCCAUCGAAUCGUAAAAGACUUCAUGAUUCAAGGAGGAGACUUCAGCGAAGGAAAUGGAAGAGGUGGAGAAUCCAUCUAUGGAGGUUUCUUUGAAGAUGAAAGCUUCACUAUUAAGCACAACAAGGAGUAUCUGUUGUCGAUGGCCAAUCGGGGCAAAGAUACAAAUGGAUCCCAGUUUUUCAUAACAACAAAACCUUCUCCGCAUCUGGACGGUGUCCAUGUGGUUUUUGGUCAUGUGAUCUCUGGCCAAGAAGUCGUUCAAACCAUGGAGAACCAGAAAACAGAUCCCAACAGCAAACCAUACGCAGAUGUGAAAAUCCUUAACUGUGGAGAGCUCAUACCCAAAUCUAAAGCAAAGAAGGAAAGAAAGAAAGAGAAGGCCGGCUCUAGUUCCAGCGGGAACUCCUCUGACUCUCAGAGCUCCUCGGAGUCGUCCUCCGAUUCAGAAGAAUCAGGAGCAGAAUCUAAGAAGGAGAAGAAGAAAGCAAAGAAACUAAAGAAGAAACAAAAGAAAAAGGAUAAGAAAACGUCUGAUGCUGAGAAUGCGGAAGAAAAGGAACAAGAGGACCUGGUUACGUCUACGGUGCGCCCUGAAGAAAUACCACCCGUACCCGAGAAUCGGUUCCUCAUGAGGAGAAGUCCACAAGCUGUCCAGAGGUCCGAUGAAAACGAUCAGAGAAAGAGAGAAGACCGACCGAGACAUAACAUGGGGUAUAAUUCUCAGUCUGCAUAUCAGAGACGGUUUGUGGUGACGACUCGAUCAGGCAGGAAGAUAAAAGGAAGGGGCCCGAGGAGAUACCGGACUCCAUCACGCUCCCGUUCAAGAUCCAGAGAUAGGUUUCGACGUAGCGAAACUCCUCCACACUGGCGUCAGGAGAUGCAGCGCCAGAGGAUGAGGGCGGUUACCGGAGAGCGAUGGAUUAAGGGUGACAAAAGUGAGCUGAGUGAGCAGAAGAAUGAAGAAACCAAAGCUCCUAAGCAAGAGAGGAGGACCUCCAGCACACAAGAUGAGCACGCAGCUGAGAGCAAAAAGGACAAGAAAACGCGGUCUCGUCGAUCUAAAAGCAAAGAGAACGAUGCCGUAGAAAAGGAGAAGCAUAGCAAGCACAAGGCAAAGAAAAAAGAAAAGUCUCGCAGUCGCAGUAGGGACAAAAAAAGGUCAAAGAGCAGAGAGAAGGCUCACAAAAACAAAAGUGAGCACAAAAGAGGUCGUUCGAGGAGCAAAGAGAAAACCGUUCAUAAGAAAGAGGACGAGUCAGAACCAGAUCAGAGUAAAGAUAAAUCUAAGGAUCACGAAUCGCAUAAAACACAUAAAGAGGGGCCAAAAGGAGAACCUGGGGAGAGAACUGUCCAAGUUAUCAGGCAGCCGUCCAAGUCUUUAAGCAAGGAGCGAUCAGCUACAAAAGAUGAGUCCCGAUCCAGGAGCAGGAACAAGGACAGAAGAGGGCCUGAAGGAUCUAAGGACAAGGAAGAGAAACGAGAAAAAGACAAAGAAAGAGGCAGAGAGCGAAGCAGUAAGGAAAGACCACACAACAGCGAACGGGAGAACCGGAGACGAGGAGGAUCCAAGGAUAAAGAUCGACGAUCAAAAAGCCCAGACAGGAGUAAGACCAGGGACUCGCACAGAGGCCGCCGCUCCAGAAGCAGAAGUCACCGGAGGGACCGCAGCAGAGAGCGAUCUUCUCACAGGAAAGACCGAAGCAGAGAAAGGGCCAACCAAAGGAGGCGACGCAGCAGCAGCAGCUCUGACAGUGACAAAGCUGCAAAGAGGAGGAGAGAGAGGAGUCCUGAUUCUACAAAAAGAGGCAGCUAUUCUUCCAGAUCCAAAGACAAGAGAAGCCCAGCCAGACCAGACAGUACAAAAGGCAGAGGUAGAAAAGAUGGCAAGAAGAAACAUUCAAGCUCCAGCUCCGACAGCGACUGAAGUCAUGUCAGUGAUACGAGUAGGCAGAAACCACCACGAGUCUACCAAACACUUCAAUUCGGUUCUACUUUAGUAAAUUUGAGUGAAAAAAAGAAAACAGAACAGAUAAGACAGCACAUAUGGACAGGUAAGUCAGAUAAAUGUCGAGUUUGUUAGGAUCACUUAUAUUUAGGCUUGCAGGAAGGACUUUAUUACUAUCUUGCUGCUUGUUUAAUUUGGAAAACUUUAGUUUUCUUGUCUAAAUGUUUUUUCACUGUAUUUCUGUUAGCAAGUUUUUAUUUUUUUGAAAGAUGAACCCUGUACAUGUUGGUUUUGGGAAAUCUAUUGAAGUGUAGAUUUCUGUAAAAGCCAGAAUCUUUUUUCUGAGUCCUAACCGUUAUCUGCAACCGUAAAUCUGACACCACUCUGAUCUUUUUUAUCCUGCAAAGUUGGAAAAUCCUCUCAGUUGAGCUUGUGUCUGGGUGAUAAAUUAAAAACUUUAUGAAAUCCUAAA